GGAGGUCAAACUGGGGGGAGGAGGUUCCCCGGAUUUUGACAAUUUAUUUUGGUGUCAUGAAAUGUCUUGCCUCUGAUUGGCCAUAUCAACUUUUUGGAGCCGCGAUCGGACGUAGGUAAAUAAAGCGGCAUUUUAACAGCACAGGUUUGGCACCAUCUUCACAACCACGGAGCACUUCAACGAGUCAAUGAUCCAACAUGCAACUGCGACAGCGAGACUAUGUGCUCGUCGCGCCUUUUCGCCAAUAUGGCACAUGCCAUUGGCGAUCCUUAACAGACCUGCCCUGAUGGCCAGGAACCAUGGGCAGCAUCCUCCAGUCGCCAAUAACAUACAUACCUGCUUUUCACAGCAGAGAUCAUUCAGCAAAAGUAUCAAUCGACACAACAACACAGCGGAAGGUACGGUCGUAUCUGCAAAUCAGGAAAAAUAUGCCAAGACAGAGGAGGAGGAGAUGGUGACAGCAACUUACAGGAUGCCUGAGUGGAAUCCUGUCACAGACAACGAGACAAUCUAUGCCAUAUCGACAGGCCCUGAUGCAAGCGCAAUAGCUGUCAUUCGAAUUUCAGGCCCCGCCUGUACCCAGAUCUACCAGGCCCUUUGCCCAGGCAGAAAAUUACCCCCAAAGCGAUAUGCUGCAGUGCGGACACUGUACCAUCCCAACGACAGGACGAAUAUAAUUGAUUCGGAUGCCGUGGUGAUUCAAUUUGGUGCACCAAACACAGCUACUGGGGAAGAUAUGCUGGAACUUCACACCCAUGGCGGAAUUGCAACUGUCACAGCUGUGUUGUCAGCCAUCGGGCAAGUUAAUCCAAAAUUAAUUCGUGCUGCCAGUCCUGGGGAAUUCACGCGUCGAGCAUUCGCCAAUGAUAAGCUUGACCUGGAACAAAUCGAAUCUUUGGGCGACAUUCUUACCGCGGAGACCGAGUUGCAGCGCCGUGCUUCUCUACGAGGACCUUAUCAGCAGCUUGGCCGCAUAUAUGAUAGUUGGCGAACUUCACUGAUCGAGGAGCUUGCUCAUGCAGCAGCGGACACAGACCACUCUGAAGAACACAACCUUGAUGAUAUGGCAGGUAUAUGGCCUCGCAUUACCGAGAAGGUUCGAACCAUCCAAGAGGAGAUUUCAUACCAUCAAAUGGGCGCAAAGUGUGGACAAUUACUGCGGCAGGGUAUUCAGGUUUCGUUGAUCGGUCUCCCAAACGCUGGCAAGAGCUCACUGUUCAACCAAAUUGUGGGUAGCGAAGCCUCGAUAGUCAGUCAACAGGCAGGCACUACCCGAGAUGUCGUUGAAAAGACCAUCAACUACAGAGACUAUCUCUGCACCUUUGCAGACACGGCUGGCGUGCGAGCCGCAGAUGUUGUAGGAGGCUCAGACAUUGGAGCCAUUGAAGAAGAGGGCAUCAAGCGAGCCAUUGCAAAAGCGAAGGACGCGGAUGUACUUGUUUACGUUACUUCUUUUGAACCUGACCCACUAGAGCCUUCUGGCUACAAGACUCCGAUUAUGGAUAAUCUUUCUUCGAUCAUUCGGAACGAGCACGGGAGCACGAAAGAGGUGCUCAUUGUGGUGAACAAGAAUGACAGACCUACGCCUGGACAGAUCAAAAGUUGUCUUUCGAACUUGCAGAAAGCCAUUGGCGACUUGUUAUUCAACCCUGGAACGUUGAAUUACAAGCUUCCUAUAGUUGAUAUAUCGGUUGCUGAUGCUGUAGCUGACCGCCCUGGACGUUAUGGGCAGCCAGGACGGGGAAAUAUAGGGGGCUUUACACGGGCACUUAUGAAUCUCUUCGAAAACAUGACUACUAUGCCAGUUGAUAUGGCGCACCUCAUUGGUAUAAGAGAGCGCCAAAGUCAGCUCCUCACGUCCUGCUCUGGACACCUGAACGACUUUAUGAAUGAAGCUGCCCAAGGCGUACCCGACAAUUCUAUUGCGACACAUCACCUGGAACUAGCGGCAAAAUGUCUAGCUCAAAUCACCGGACGACUCGAAGGUGCUGGUGAUGUCGAAGAGAUUCUGGGCGUUGUGUUCUCAAAGUAAGUACCUGUUUCCACAAGAUCUAUCUGGUCAUUCUGACGAUCCAGGUUCUGCAUCGGAAAAUGAAUACAGCAUACAUCAUACGCUUAAAGAAGUCAAAUUUUUUUACAGCAAGGGAUAAUCAAAGCAGGUAUCUUGGUAGCUUGGCCUAUUCAAGCAUUCCACGUUGAACGCGGCGCAGGACUUCAGA